CCAUGGCCUCGGUGCCCGUGUACUGCCUGUGCCGCCUGCCCUACGACGUCACCCGCUUCAUGAUCGAGUGCGAUGGGUGCCAGGACUGGUUCCAUGGCAGCUGCGUGGGGGUGGAGGAGGAGGCAGCGGCCGACAUCGACCUUUACCAUUGCCCCAAGUGCGAGGUCCUGCACGGCCCCUCCGUCAUGAAGCGGCGCCGGGGCCCUCCGAAGCCCGCGGAGCCGGAGCCGCCGCGCCCGGUCCGCACCGGGAGCGCUCAGUUCAUCCGGGAGUUGCGGGGCCGGACCUUCCCCAGCGCCGACGAGGUCCUGCUCCGGCCCAGUGGGGCGCAGCUCACGGUCGAGUACCUGGAGGAGAAGACUUUCAGCGUCCCCAUCCUGGUGGCUCGCAAGGAGGGGCUGGGGAUGACGCUACCCCCCCCCACCUUCACCCCCCGCGACGUCGAGCACUACGUGGGCGCUGAGAGGGUCAUCGAGGUGCUGGAUGUGGGGCGCCAGGCCCCGUGCCGCAUGCGCCUGGGGGACUUCGUCUCCUACCUGGGGGGGCCCCGGCGCGACCGCGUCCUCAACGUCAGCAGCCUCGAGUUCUCCGACACCCGGUGGGUCCCAGCGCCACCAGUAUGGCCCAGUAUGGACCAGUAUAACCCAGUGUAACCCAGUAUGGCCCCA